GCAGCACGCAGAGAGCAACCCUGGGCAGCCACGCUUUGGUGCAGGCUGGGGCCAGGCUGCGGCAUCUCCGCACCAGCCAAAGGGGGUAGCAAAAAGGGGAGCAAAAAAGGCGGCAUCACCUCAGCGUCGUUGGGGAAGCAAGACGAGAGCUUUGCAGGAAAGCAGGGCAGGAAAGUACUUUUAUGGGGUUGUUCACAGCCGCUCUCAGAGGAGGGAGGAGGAAGUACAUUGGCAAAUCAACCCUUGCUGAGCCACCGCUCUUCGUGGGGGGGAUCGCACCCCGGGCGCGGGAUCCCCACAGGACUAUCAGAGCUUCGUUUCAGCCUGUCUCCUAAGCAAGCCUCCCUCAGAACAAAAAAAGCCCCUCCUGACCCAAAAUGUCCCUCAAGCUGCCACGGAACUGGGAUUUCAACCUGAAAAUGGAUGCUGCAAAAAUAGCCCGCUCCAAGAGCGUGAUGAGCGGCGAGCCAGUGGGCACCCGGCCGGCCUCCCCCAACCCACUAGAGCGGCCCCUGAAGAUCGGCUGGCUGAAAAAGCAGCGCUCCAUUGUCAAGAACUGGCAGCAGCGGUACUUUGUGCUUAAGGGCCAGCAGCUUUACUACUACAAGGAUGAGGACGAUGUCAAACCACAGGGCUGCCUGUCUCUCCAGGGAAGCACCAUCAAGGAGGUGGCCAGCAACCCAGAGGAAGGAGGGAAAUUUAUCUUCGAAAUCAUCCCAGGGGUCUCUGGAGACCAGAACCGGGCAGGGCAGGACACCUGCGUGCUCAUGGCUAAUUCCCAGUCUGAGAUGGAAGAAUGGGUUAAAUCCAUCCGACGAGUGCUGGGGUCAGCGUCAGGAGUGGUGUUCGGCCAGCGCUUGGCAGAGACCAUGACCUAUGAACAGAAAUUCGGGCAGCACCAGGUCCCCAUCCUGGUGCAGAAGUGUGCCGAGUUCAUCCGGGAGCACGGUGUGAGUGAAGAGGGCAUCUUCCGCCUCCCUGGCCAAGACAACCUGGUGAAACAGCUCAGGGACGCGUUCGAUGCUGGGGAAAGGCCAUCAUUUGACCGGGAUACGGAUGUGCACACCGUGGCCUCUCUGUUCAAACUCUACCUGCGGGAGCUCCCUGAGCCAGUUGUGCCCUGGAUGCAGUACGAGGAUUUCCUGCUGUGCGGUCAGGCGCUGGAUGCAGAUGAGACAAAGGGCCAUCAGGAACUCCUGAAGCAACUGUCCCUCCUUCCCAGAGACAACUACAACCUCCUCAGCUAUAUCUGCAGGUUUCUACAUGAAAUACAGUUGAACUCUAGCGUCAACAAGAUGAGUGUGGAUAACCUGGCAACAGUGAUUGGAGUGAACCUCAUCAGACCCAAGAUAGAGGAUCCUGCAAUUAUUAUGAGAGGCACACCACAGAUCCAGAAGGUGAUGACUGUGAUGAUAAGUGACCAUGCAGACCUCUUUCCCCCAUCCAAGGAUGUGCCACCCUCCCCACCUGCCCAAAAAAAUGACAAGAAAUCCCCCAUCCCACGCAGCUCCGUGGGCUGGGAUGCUGCAGAGGACCCUGCGGUGCCCAGGACAGAGAGCUUGAUCCAAAGGCAAAUGAGAGAUGAUCUGAAUUCCAGCAGUGCCGCCAGACCAGCUGCGAGCUUAAGUGCACCCAGAGAAGAUAAUGGGUCCAAAGAUACACUGGGAAUGUGGAAAAUGCAGUCAAGGAAAAGAACUCAGACUUUACCUAACAGGAAAUCUUUCCUGACAGCUGCUUCUCCCGGGGAGAAAGGCAGCAAUGACAAAAAUGACAUAUUUGCCAGUGACUUUUGGAAAAGCUCCCCUGGGAGCAGCAUGCGCUCCGUGGUCCCCGAUGGACAUAAGAGAACAUUGUCUCAUGAUCUUUUUAAGCUGCUCGACCUUCACCGGGCUUCAACCUACGAUAAUGUUCCUACCUCCCAGGCAGAAAGUGGGGAAGGCAGUGGCUCCAGCCCCAGCCCUUCGAGCAGCAGCUCUGAUAAGGAAUUUCUGCCCUGCCCCAGUCCCAGCCAUCAGCCAAAGGAAAUAGCCAGUCCCACCAGCAGCCCUGCCGAGGUCUCCAAGCCUGAUCAGGAGAGCAGGGAGUUCCUGCAAAACAUGAUCCUGAAGCUGAAAAAAGAGAUGGAGGUACAGAAAAAUGACUAUGAGGAACAAAUUAAAAGUCUCGAGAAGGAAAACUAUGAAGUCUGGGCCAGAGUGGUAAGGCUGAAUCAGGACAUUGAGAAGGAGAAGAAGAAGUCUGAGGAACUGGAGCUGAAGUUGAUGAAUGUGGAACGCUCACGGGAGGACAUGGAGAAGAAAAACAAGAUGCUUGAGGAGGAGAUAAAAAACUUAGCUAAAUCCACAUGCAAAACUGAUGCCAAAACCAACUAGGAGGAGACACCCAGCUGUGCACAGACAUAAAAUGCAGCUGCAUGAAUCCAUAGGAAUUGCCAAGCAGGUUCAGAGCCAGGGACUUGUAUCAUCUGGUGUUCUGCUACUGACCCUGGGCUGGUUCGGAGGAAGGAGCCCAGAAGUUAGAGGCUGGUUUCUGCUCUGAAACAGGAAAAUUCAAAAAUAUUCUUUAGCUUUUUUGGUGUGUUUUUUUCAACUCCUCUUUCAGCUGCUCAAGUUACCUGUAGAACAGGCCAAUACUUCUUGCUGCUCAAUCAGAAUAUCUUGCACUCAAGAGUUCAGGUUAAGGACACUUUAUGCCUUUACAAAAAAAAACCCAGCAAGCAUCCCUCCUGCCAGCUGGCUGGCUCCUUGCUGGAGAUACCCACAGUGCUUCUGAGUGGAACAAAAAGUCCGUAAAUCCUAGAUCUGGAGAGACAGAAAAGCCCCAAGGUCUGGGGUGGCACAGCUCGUCACACAGUGUGCCUGGAUGGUGGGCUGCAAAUGCUGUCAGCACCAUGGCUGAGAUGUUCACAUUAACGCAUACAGUUGGUUAUGGCUCUUAUAGAGCAAGAGUAGCCCAGAGAGCCUGUCAGGUCCACUGAGAAGAGGUCUCCUACAGCAUCACUCGCUGUGCUGUGCCAGACUCAUUGAUAUCAAGGCUCCAGUUAUAAGAUCACAAUAUCACAAAAACCUCUUCAGUUAAGUGGCUGUUCAGUUAUUUUAAAUCACUGUUCCUUAUAGCCAUGCAUCUAUAAAUCCAGCACAGCUGCUGCUGAGGCUUUGGAGAGCACUUUCAUGCAUCCAUACACAGAGCUCUUUGUGCAGAGGGAGUCCAUCAGCAACUUUACCCGGUACAGAAAAUGGGGCUUCUGCACUUUCCCUGAUGGACAAUUUUCAAAGAAUAACAGAUCUGGACUUACUUACUGCCUCUGCUUUUGUUUUUCAUGAUUUCAUCAGUGCUGAACAGGAUUUCCUUGGCUACCUUGGUGGACACCUGGGUUUGCACCCCAACGACGGUGCUGGGUCUCUCCCUGUCACUUGCUGCCAUCAGCGUAAAGACUAACUGGACCCAAAGGUCUCGUGGUGCCAGUGUGGCUAUUUGUAAGUGUGUCUGUUUGUUUUCCCACUGCCUGCCAGCAAGUCGCCCUUCCAGCAGUACCACAACGCUGCUGAAGCUUUUGGUGUAGGAAAGAAAAUACAGGACUCUGCAAGAAAACCUUUCGCUCCUCAUUUAUGUUAAGAAGGGGGAACAACACCACACAGCUUCAGGCCAGCCUAGAGCCUUCAUGGGAAGAGAAAAGGGAAAAACACAGAGAUCUGCAGGAGUUUUCAAGCAAGAUGUCUAGGACCAAACACAUGCCUCUGUGCCAAGCACAGUGAAGUUAUGCAACAACACUGGAUUACUGCUUCUGAGGACUUGGCUUUGUUAAUACAAAAGUUCAGAUCAAGACAGGCUGCAGACCUGCUUGGCAGAGCCUGCAAAGAAAAACAAACUGGUGAGAGAAAGGGACACAGAGGAAACUAUGUGAAGAAAGGGGAGAUGGGAGUGGUAACAUGUUAAUAGAGAAUAAAAGUCAAUAUUGGUUAUAUA